AAACCGCCUCACCCUCUUCAAACCUACUCAAUGCUCGUUCUCUUCUUUUCCUCACCCUCCACUUCAACCUUUUCUCGUUCAAUUACAUUUAUGUCCUUUGAAAACCUGUGAAAACGUUUAGACCAUAGAAAAGAUGAACACAGCAAUAACCAGAAAAGAAAUGGAUCGGAUCAAAGGUCCAUGGAGUCCUGAAGAAGACGAAGCUCUCCAAAAGCUCGUUGAGAAGCACGGGCCAAGAAACUGGUCGAUAAUCAGCAAAUCGAUUCCGGGACGAUCCGGGAAAUCAUGUCGUCUGCGUUGGUGUAAUCAGCUUUCUCCUCAGGUGGAGCAUCGGGCUUUCACGGCGGAAGAGGAUGAUACUAUAAUCAGAGCCCAUGCCCGAUUCGGAAACAAAUGGGCUACCAUAGCCAGGCUUCUGUCGGGUCGAACCGACAACGCGAUUAAAAACCACUGGAACUCUACUUUGAAACGUAAGUGUUCUUCUAUUAUGAUCGAUGAAUCUCCACCGUUGAAAAGAUCGGUUAGUGCUGGUGCUGCUAUACCUGUUGGUAAUGGGAUUUACAAGAACCCUCCCACUCCGGGGAGUCCUUCUGGAUCCGAUGUGAGCGAGUCCAGUGUACCUAUCAUGAACUCUUCUCAUAUUUAUCGUCCUGUGCCUACAAGAACCGUCGCGGCUCUACCUCUCGUAGAAUCGAAAACGACGUCGUCUUCCAAAUCCAAUGAUCCUGCAACUUCACUAUCGUUAUCACUACCUGGUAUCGAUUCUUCAUCUGAAGAUUCAAAUCGUGUAACUGAGCCUGAGCCUGUUACCACCGCUCCUCCACCACCAACUGCGAUCCCGUUGGUUCCGAUAAUGACUGCACCGAUUCCGAUGGCGGUUCCGAUGCAGACACAGAGAGGAUUCAAUUUUAGUGCGGAGUUAUUGACAGUGAUGCAGGAAAUGAUAAGGACGGAGGUGAGAAGCUACAUGGCAGGUUUGGAGCAGCAGAAUGGGAUGUGUAUUUCCGAUGAUGGAUACAGGAAUGCUUCGGUGAAGCGAAUGGGAAUUAGCAGGAUCGAUUCGUAAAUAUUUUCAGAGAAUGGAAUGCAACAAGGGAUGAAUUAGCAAAUUCAGAAAAUUAUGAGGAUGGUGUUUUUCAGAUUGAAAAAAAAGAUGGAACCCUUUUCGUUUUUAUCCUUUUUUUAAAAUAAUUUUGAUUAAUGUACAAAGAGAAGAAUCGCUAUUCAUUUCCAAGAAAUGGAGGGAACGAAAGGGAUAGAAAAAUCUGAAAUUUCUGCAGUCCUGAAUUCCAGGCUUAGUUGGAAUCUACGAAAAAGAAGAAAAAAAAGUUUAAAACUUUAAAAAAAUGUUGUUAUAAUGUUUUAUUUUUGCUUAUGCAAUGGUUAAAUUAAAUUUCAUUUUCAUUUUGUUUUGAAUCUGAAAACAGUGUUUUAGAGGAACUUUUGAACAGAUAUUGAAAGUAGUUAAGUUAGUUUAGUGGAGGGGACAUUAGUUGGUGGGUGAUGCUAGUUUUAGAUAUGUAUGAAGUUUCUGUGUAGGGACCCGAAAUAAUACAGAUCUAGUUUAGUUA